CGUUUCCGGAGAGCGCGCGCCCGAAGCAGCGCAUCGCGGCCGGUUGAUCGCCGCUCGGACACUCAAGCUUCCCUACUCUGCCUCUUCCAGCGACAUUAACUAAGAAUGAUGCUGUGUAUGGAAAGCUGAUCUGAGGAUCUGCUCUGUUUCCAGGGUGAUGAGCUUUGUGCUUUGAGAACAUCAGAUAUUAUGGGCUGCGCUUGCUGUAAGCAGAGGAAGGCCAGUAAAGCUGUGUCGAACCAAAACUCCUGCGACGCAUUCAAUGGGACGCAGGCGUCAGAACCGUCCCGCUACAUCCCCGAUCCCACAUUUAACUCAGGAAUCCCAAACUUCAAUGAUUUCUCAAACCCACUUACUCCACCAACGUCCAUCAUCAACCCGACACGUCCUCCGGGACUCACAGGAGGCGGCGUGACGCUCUUUAUAGCCCUCUAUGAAUAUGAUGCUCGAACCGAAGAUGAUCUGAGCUUCCAGAAAGGAGAAAAGUUUCAUAUUAUCAACAACACCGAGGGCGACUGGUGGGAAGCUCGAUCUCUGGACACCGGCAAAUCUGGAUAUAUUCCCAGUAACUAUGUGGCUCCUGUGGACUCCAUACAGGCUGAGGAGUGGUAUUUUGGGAAGAUGGGCCGGAAAGAUGCUGAACGACAGCUGCUGGCGCAAAACAACCCCAGAGGGACAUUUUUAAUACGAGAGAGCGAGACAACUAAAGGAGCUUAUUCUUUGUCCAUCAGAGACUGGGACGAUGCGAAAGGCGAUCACGUCAAGCAUUAUAAGAUCAGGAAGCUGGACAAUGGUGGAUAUUACAUCACAACCAGGACUCAGUUUGAUACCGUUCAGCAGCUGGUGGAGCAUUACACAGAGCGGGCAGCAGGGCUGUGCUGCCGUCUGAUUGGCAGCUGUAGGCGGGGCAUGCCUAAGCUGGCUGACCUAUCAGUGAAGACCAAAGAUGUGUGGGAGAUUCCAAGAGAGUCCCUCCAGCUCAUUAAGAAACUGGGCAAUGGCCAGUUUGGUGAAGUGUGGAUGGGAAGUAACGAUGGUUUAUGUUGCUACUUGACUAAAGCCUGUCCCAAUACCACACCCCAAACAAUGGGCUUAGGCCGGGACGCCUGGGAGAUCGCUCGUGACACGCUCAAGCUCAACCGGAAGUUGGGUCAGGGCUGUUUUGGAGACGUCUGGAUGGGAAUGUGGAAUGGCACCACUAAAGUGGCUGUGAAAACGCUGAAGCCUGGCACCAUGUCUCCUGAAGCCUUCCUGGAUGAGGCGCAGAUCAUGAAGAGGCUCCGUCAUGAUAAGCUGGUUCAGCUUUAUGCUGUGGUGUCUGAGGAGCCCAUCUACAUCAUCACUGAGUUCAUGAGUCAAGGAAGCUUAUUGGACUUUUUGAAAGAUGGUGAUGGGAGAAAUUUAAAAUUGCCUCAACUUGUGGACAUGGCGGCCCAGAUCGCUGCUGGCAUGGCCUACAUCGAGCGGAUGAACUACAUCCACAGAGACCUGCGAGCUGCCAAUAUCCUGGUCGGAGAUGGUCUGGUCUGUAAGAUUGCAGAUUUCGGUCUGGCUAGACUGAUCGAGGACAACGAGUACACAGCUAGACAAGGAGCGAAGUUUCCCAUUAAGUGGACUGCACCAGAGGCGGCUCUCUAUGGUAAAUUCACCAUCAAAUCAGACGUGUGGUCUUUCGGCAUCCUGUUGACGGAGCUCAUCACCAAGGGCAGAGUGCCGUAUCCAGGAAUGAACAACCGAGAGGUGCUGGAGCAGGUGGAGCGCGGGUACCGUAUGCCAUGUCCGCAGGGCUCGCCGGCGUCUCUGCACGAGCUCAUGCUGCAGUGCUGGAGGAAAGACCCCGACGAGAGGCACACGUUCGAGUAUCUGCAGAGCUUCCUGGAGGAUUACUUUACCGCCACUGAGCCCCAGUACCAGCCCGGAGAGAACCUGUGAUAGACACACUCGCGUUCAUUAGUUCAAUAUAUCCUCCAGGAAAGACGCCGUCGCCUUUACUUUCUAGCACAGUACCUCCAUAAACUGAUUUUCGAUCCACAGCCUCUCAAUCACAAGCUUCAGUGCAAUCGCUCAUCUUGUGCUUUGGCUUGAGACUUACUUGCAAGCUUGGGUCACUUUGAGAAAUAGUCUAAAAUGUCAUUUUAUUUAACUUGAGCACAUUAAUAUGCCUGUCUGCUGUUUAAAGGGAUAGUUCGCUCAAAAAAUGGCUGAUCAUUUACUCACAUUUUCAUGUUUCUAUCUUCAGGAGAAUGCUGAAAGCUGGUAGCCAUUGACUUCCAUUGUAUUUUUUGUGUGUGUGUUUUUCCUACUAUGGAAGUCAAUGGUUACCGGUUUCCAACAUUCUUCAAAAUAUCUUCUUUUGUGUUUAGUAGUUUUGGAGCCUCUUUUGGAGUAAAUAUUAAGUAUUUUUUAUUUUUGAGUGAACUAUCCCUUAAAGCAAUUAACCACAUACUGUAUGUAAUCAUAUUAAUACCUGCUUGUUUCUCUAUAUCCACCAACUGUGUGAAUGUUGACGACUCAAGUCAUUUUAAUGUGUGGUUUCUUGUUGAGUUAUUUUAGUCUACUGAAAGGAAAUCUCUGCUAGAUGUUUAACGGUUACCUGGACAACUAAGGCCCUGUUUACACCUGAUCUUAAAGGGAUAGUUCAACAAAAAAUGAAAAUUAACACACAGUUUGCUCACCCUCAAACUUUACGAGUUUCUUUUUUUCUGUUGAACACAAAAGAAGGUAUUUUGAAGAAUGUUGAAAACCGGUAACCAAUGACUUCAAUAGUAGGUAAAAAAAAAACAUUUUUAAACAUGGUUUUUAACAUUAAACACAAAGAAACUCAGAUUUUGAACAAGUGAAAUGUGAGGAAAUGACUGAAUUUUCAGUUUUGGGUGAACUGAAAUGAUGCAUUUAGGUGUUUCGUUUUCAAUGUUUGACCACUUUCAUGAUUUCCUUUCGAAAGCAUGAUUUUCGGCCAGGAGCAUGGAUGGAUUUUUUCAGAUUUUUUUCCAACUAAUAUUGCUAAAUAAACUCAAUAAGACAAUGGAAAACUAUCCAUUAAGCCUCAAAACUAAACCCAACUUUCUGGAUUUGUGUUAGAUUCAGGUUAUGAUGUUUUUUGCUUAAGAUUUCAGACACCAACAUGUGUGAAUUGGUGUUUUUUUGUGGUCAUUUGAAUGAAAUCAGAUCGAAUGCAUCGUCAGCUAUUUCUGGAAGCUCGAAUAGUUUAAACCCAGUUACACCUGUGUUUGGAGUCAUCAGAUAUAGCAAUUGAAUUAAUUGACAAAACGCAUCGUAAUACUGUGUACACGGGGUCUGAGAUUUUUUUUAUAGAUCUGUCUGUUAUCUGUGGUUUGUUUAGUGCUGAAUGUGACGUGCCGGUCUGUUCUCCAUUCAUGAAGACAGCUCAAGAAUGAGAGCACUCAAGGUUAUUAUUUCACAUGCUAUUCAGAAUGUGCAUUUUACAAAUAACAAUUUUGCAUUUCUGUUUGUGUUUGUUUGUUAUUGUCUGGUAAAUAUAUAUAUAUUGAAUCCAAAGCUGAAGCCAAAAAUUCAAUCUUAAAAUUACAGAAGAAAUCAGCAUCUCCAGACACUUGAAGAUGCUUUUGUUUUGUUUUUAUGCCAGUCAUCUUAUAGCUUUAUAACCUUUUUUGUUUAAUUGUGAACCUAACAGUCUUAUAUUAUCUUAUUAGAAAGCAGCUCUGUCAUAUAACAGAGCACCUGAUGUCAGCAAACAAAAAAGACUUUCUUCAGAGCUGUCCUUUAUAAUGAAACAUUGCUGCAAUUCCUCCAGCAUUUCUACACUCUAUUUUACAUUUUAUGUCAUAUCUCAAUAAUUUAAGUACCUAUCAAACCUGUGCCUUAAUUGGGGGUUUACAGUGAAAACUAUAGCCCUGAACUGGAGAAUGUGUAAUACAGUUAUGCAAUGUGUUUGUGCCAAUCUAUUACACUGAGCUUACUGAACUGAA